AUGGUUCGGGUAAGCAACGCAUUGAUAUCAAUCUUCAACGUUCUGACACUACUUUUAUCGGUCGUGGCCGUUGGUGGAUCGGUCUGGUUCUACCUGAACCCGGGCACGGUCUGCCAAAAAGCGUUCCUCCAACAGCCUCUCCUGAUAGCGGGUCUGGUGUUAUUGGGGGUGUCGUUGUUGGGUUUGGCGGGUUCGUGCUGGAAGGUGUCCUGGAUGCUGUACGUAUACUUGUUUGUGAUGUUUGUGGCGAUUUUGGCACUGGCCGGUGUUACGGUGUUCGGGAUUUUGGUCACGAACAAGGGAGUUGGUCAGGUGAUAUCAGGGAGAGGGUUCGAGGAGUAUCGUCUCGGAGAUUACUCCAAUUGGUUGCAAAAGCAUGUGGUGAAUGACAAAAACUGGUAUAAGAUCAAGAGUUGCAUGGUUGAUGCUAAGAUAUGUGAGAGUCUACUAGGCAAAGGCCGAGUUGGUGCGACCGCCGCGGCCGAUUUCUAUAAGGCUCAACUGUCUGCCACCCAGGCCGGUUGCUGUAAGCCACCAACAUCAUGUGGGUUCGAGUUCCAGAACGCGACCUUCUGGGCAGUACCCAAGUCCGGGCCGGCGGUGUCAGACAGCGACUGCAAGACAUGGAGCAACAACGAGGGGCUAUGCUUCGACUGCAAGUCAUGCAAGGCCGGAUUUCUUGCCAACAUCAAGAAAGAAUGGAGGCUACUGGCCAUUAUCGGUGCUUGCGUAGUAGUAUUCUUAAUCAUUGUGUACACCCUUGGUUGCUGUGCUCUCAAGAACACCAAAGAAGAUAAUUACAGAUCCAGAAGAUAUAAAAGCUACGCUUGA